UAUAAGAAAAAACAUGUGAUUUUUGGCAUGUUCAAAACAUAAUGUUUUCAAAUUCACUUUGAUUUAAAACUAAAUUUUUGUUUAUUUAACAAUGGACGGAGAUCAAUCUAAAACUUCAUCUAAUUCAGAUUUCAACGAAAAAUUUGACAUAAUUAUAAGCAUCCUUAAGGAUUCCAUCAAAGAAAAAAAGUCUUCUAGUACCAAAAAGAUUGUCAAUUUAUUAAAUAAAGCUCUUGGUGAUAAAGUUGUACUCAUUGAACAUGAAUACGUUAAGCCUUAUUUAAGAAUUGGUCUUAUUGUUGACCAAGAACAUUGUUUUGAAACCAUUAUAAAGGGCCCAUCAGCUGAUGAACCAGAGGCAAACGAAUUUCGUGAAUUUUGGGGAGAAAAAUCGGAAUUAAGAAGGUUUCAAGAAGGAUCCAUUAGAGAAACUGUGUUUUGGAAAUGUGACACUGCCGCUGAUAAACGUGCAAUUAUUGGAAAAAUUGUAAAAUACAUUUUGCAAAAACAUUUAGGAAUUCAGAAAAAGUUGGUCACAAUCUCUGGUUCACAAUGUGACUCUUUUCUUUGGCCUGGAAAACUUUCGAUUCCUGGUUAUGGAACUGGUGAAGAAGCUAACCAGAAUAUAGUAUUUAAUUUCGAUAGUUUCGCUAAAAAGUUGAGAGGCUGUAAAGAUUUGCCCUUAACCUUAUCAUCAGUUCAAGGAGUGUCGCCAGCUUUUCGUGGUACAGAGGUUUUCCCCAAUCCAUCUGUCUUGCCUAAAUAUCAACAAAGAUUAUAUUCCAACAAAGAAAAUUGUUUUACUUUUCGGGAAAAUACAGACAAUGUUCAUCCGAGUUAUAUUGAGCCAGUCGAUGUUAUUAUUCAUUUCGAGACGAGUGGUAAAUGGCCUUCAGAACUUGAAGCCUUAAAAAGAGUAAAAGCAGCUUUCAUAAUUGAAUUGGCCGAGUUAUUAUCUAAUCAGUAUGGACUAAUGUGCAAACCCCAAAAAAGAUAUCUGGAUGUAUGGCAUGAAGGGGUUGUUUUCAGGGUACACAUAGCAUGUAAUAAAGAAGUCCAUCUAAUGAAAAAUAUUAUUACAUCUGAAGGAGUCGUUAAAACUAUUGAAUCCAAAGAAGCUGAAAGAUUGAAUCAAUUUCAGGUACACUUACCCAUUAUAUCAAGUGCAUUGGGUAGUGUGAAUUCUCGUUUUUCUGCCUUCAGCUCUGUUACUCGUUUAGUGAAGUGUUGGUUAUCCAGACAUUUAUUAUGGGAUAAUAUUGAUGAAAUUUCAGUUGAAUUAAUGGUCGCUUACCUUUUCCUGCAUCCAUCUCCGUACUCAGCUCCAAUGUCUCCGCUCACUGGUUUCAUCCGCUUUUUAAAAUUAUUAAUUUCCUUCCCAUGGAAUCGUAAACCUUUGAUUGUCAACUUCAAUGAUCAAUUGAAACUCGAAGAUAUCCGAGAAAUCGAAACUUAUUUCAAAGCGAAUCGAAAUGAAUUGCCUUCAAUAUUCAUUGCUACAUCUUUCGAUAAAAAGAAGUCAAUGUGGACUCAAGAGAAACCAUCAAUUCCAAUUUUCCAACGAUUGGUUUUCUUGGCUAAUAAAUGUUACAAUUACUUGAAUGAUUGUAUUGAUACCAUUGAUAAGGCCGAUUUUCAGCCUUUGUUUCACACAUCCACGAAGAUUUAUGAUCUGACGAUAACUUUGGAGAAAAAGCAUGUUCCAAAUUUUCAUCUCAACCUUAGUUUCAUUCGGACCAACAAAAUAUCUGAAAAACAAUUGCAGUCAAUGACAAAGACCAAGGAUAAAGAAUCAAUUGAAUAUUUCCCGAUUGUUGGUUUCAAUCCAGUUAAACAUUAUUUGGAUACAUUGAAAGCUCAUCUCCACAAUUGCGCUAUUUUCUUUUACGAUAGAUUUGGUGGAACCAAGCUAUACUUAAUCUGGAAACCAAACGCUUUUGAUAACGAGACAUUAAAUAUAUCGGAUUUCACUGAUUGGAAACUGGCUGCCGAAAAAUGUAAAAGUGGCUUUUAUAAUACUUCAUUCAAUGCUGAAGCUGUUCUUGAAGAUUUGUACAUACUUGGCGAUGGUUUAGUGAAAUCUAUCGAUAUAAACGAUUCCUAAUUGACUAGCACCAAAUUAAACAUUUAAAUUAUUAUAACGUAUGGAUGCGAAACUAUUGACUGUUUUCAAUUAUUGAUAUCAUUAUUACGAUAAACAAUUUAGUUUACAAAAUGGAAAAUAAAUUUUGGUUCAAAUAAAAAAGUUGCUAUGGUGAUAAUUUCUGUUUAACUCUUAA